CUUAAUAAAUUAUCACUAAAAUCUCUUAUAAGGUGGAACACAGAGCAGCCCCGCAUGACCGCCAGGUCAUCCCCAGCCACUAAAAUCCAUGCCCUCCACCAGGCGCCAGCACCACCGGCCGUUACACUACAAACCAAGAAAACCAUCAUUGUUCGCACCAACCCACCCAACACACAGAGCAAAGCAAGAAACCGCACGGCACGCCACUGCCAGUUCCCUGCUUGAAGUGGUGUCCAUAGAUCGGCAUGUCGACGGCGGGAGGCCCGGCGGGGACGACGGUGUCGCAGCACGGGGGCGGCGGCGGGGGGUGCUGCAGCUCCAGCGGGACGCUGGAGCUCGUGGCGGCGUUCACGGCGGUGUGCCUCGCACUCUACGGGGUGAUACUGUACCUCAACUACCUAUACGUACGGUGGAGCGGGCGGGACGGCGUGCAUCGGACGGGAUCCAGCACGGCAGCCGGGCCGGCGAGGAAGAGGGCCGGCGGAGGGGGGCUCGACAAGGCGGCGCUGGCAGCCAUGCCGGUGGUCAGAUUCAAGGCGGAGGCGCGUGGCGACGGCAGCGAGGUAAGGGAGGAGUGCGCGGUGUGCCUGAGCGCCAUGCAGGACGGCGACGCGGUGCGCGCCCUGCCCGGGUGCAGGCACGCGUUCCAUGUCGGCUGCGUCGACGUCUGGCUGUGCGCGCGCGCCACCUGUCCCGUCUGCCGCGCGCGCCCUGCUCUCCCGGUUCCGGCAGCGAAGGACGGCUCCAGGAGGGCGGAGACGGCCGGACGGGAGCCGGUCCUGGAGAGCCCGGUAUAGCAUGCGUGCGCCACCGCGGAGCUGCCGGUAUGGCUUGAGGUAGUUAGCUGCUGCAUAGGUGUUUGCUUCAUCGGCUUGUCUUCUUGGAAGCGUGUGGAUGGAUGGCUACAGCUGCUUGAUGGUUAUCCACUGAGUACAUAAUUUUUGUGUUAGCUUGCUUCAAUUGGGAGUGAUGAUCUGUGUGCCAUGGCUUCUAAAUUGUAAGCCUACUUGACUCUUGCAUUGUUGAUAGGUGAAGUUCCCCAAAUCACUUCGUAAGUAAGUUCAUAUUUUCCCCACAGAAAAAAUUAAGUUCAUAUUUGAUGUA